GAUUGGAAGGAUUGGACUCCGUGGGCACCUGGAGUUCAGUUGGACAACAGUAUCUUCUCAGAGCUGUUCCCCACUCCUGACUUCUCCUAGCCUUGAGAAUUGAUAACAUACUCUUCUGGAUCCUAGCAGUGUCCAGAAGAAGGCCAUGGACAGAACAGAGACUAGGUUCCCUGAGAGGGGACAGAUUACGGGAAAGAUCAUGACCAGCCGUCAACCGCAUCCCCAGGAUGAGCAGAGCCCCCAGCGGAGCACCUCGGGGUACCCCCUCCAGGAGGUGGUGGUUGACGAAUUGUCGGUACCAUCAGCCCCUGGGGUAGAUCCCAGCCCCCCAUGUAGGUCACUUUGCUGGAAAAAGAAGAGGGAGUGGUCCGACGAAUCUGAGGAGGAGCCAGAGAAGGAGCUCGCCCCUGAGCCUGAGGAGACCUGGGUGGUGGAGACGCUGUGUGGCCUCAAGAUGAAGCUCAAGCGAAAGCGAGUGUUGCCCGUGCUCCCUGAGCACCACGAGGCCUUCAACAGGCUGCUUGCCCCUGGGGUAGAUCCCAGCCCCCCAUGUAGGUCCCUUUGCUGGAAAAGGAAGAGGGAGAGGUCGGACGAAUCUCAGGAGUCGUCAUCGGAGGAGCCACAGAAGGAGCUUGCCCCUGAGCCUGAGGAGACCUGGGUGGCGGACACGCUGUGUGGCCUCAAGAUGAAGCUCAAGCGAAAGCGAGUGUCGCUGGUGCUCCCUGAGCACCACGAGGCCUUCAACAGGUUGCUUGAGGAUACUGUCAUUCAAAGAUUCCUGGCCUGGGACAAAGACCUGAGGGCGUCGGACAAGUAUCUCCUGGCUAUGGUCAUAGCGUAUUUUAGCCGGGCCGGCCUCCUCUCCUGGCAGUACCAACGCAUUCAUUUCUUCCUGGCUCUCUACCUGGCCAAUGACAUGGAGGAGGACGACGAGGCCCCCAAACAAAACAUCAUCUACUUCCUGUACGGGAAGACCCGCUCUCAUAUACCCUUGUUCCAUAAGCGUCGGUCCCAGUUACGCCGUUCCAUGAACUGGAGGGCCAGGAAGAACCGCUCUCAGAUAGCCUUGUUCCAGGAGCUUCGGUUCCAGUUCUUCUGUUCCAUGCGCUACAGGGCUUGGGUUUCCCCGGAGGAGUUGGAGGAGAUCCAGGCUUAUGACCCAGAACACUGGGUGUGGGCACGAAAUCGCGCCCGCCUUCACUAG